AUGAUGUACACGUUCCGUCGCGGCAAGUCCCACAGCGACUACUACCAGUGGAUGGACGCGGGCUCGUCCUUCGACGUUCAAAGCGACCAGUUUGACGGGUCGACGUUCCGCAUUGGCCGGUCCCCCGAGGCUACGCUCUUUGAGGCCUCGCGCGACAAUGGCAAGCUCUGGCACGACAUUAGCGUGAUCCCGCCGGACUGCGGCAACGGUCGCUCGUGGGAAGAGUGCUCCAAGGGCGGCAAGGUCAAGGGUUUCAACGUCGCUGUAAGCGUCGAGCGCCAGGACUUGGUGCCGGUGGGCGCCUACAACUGCCCCAAGCUGCUCAACUGCCAGUGGGAAAAGUGCGCGGAGGCCUACCUGUUUCCGUUCGAUGACAUCCACACCAAGAGCUGCAGCAAGGACGAAGCGCUCCUUAUCACGUGGUGCGCUAGCCCCAACCCCGCGACGCAGAUGUAAAUCCGAUACGCGAGUUCUAGUCGAUUGCAGACCGAGUGAAGGAGAACUCAUCGUUCGGUGCGAUAACCAGCCAUGCAUUUCAAAAAAGUUUUGUG